AGACGCAGAGGAGGUCAAAGCGCAUGUCUUGCCCGCUCUCAGGUCCGCAGCAUCCUGCGUCCGUCCGCAGCAGCAUCCUCUCAGGCCCUCCCCCUCCCCCGUGUGCGGAUGGUACGCUCCGCUAAGCCUGGCCGGGUUGCAGUGGAUGUUGCUAGAAUCCACGCGGAGGAAAGAAGAGACGCAGGCAGGCUGCGGUGACCCAAGCGGCCACCCCCCGCUUCAGGGACCCCUUCCUCCAGAGACGACAUCAUGACCCAGGGAAAGCUCUCUGUGGCUAACAAGGCCCCCGGGACUGAGGGGCAGCAGCAGGCAAAUGGAGAGAAGAAGGAUGCUCCAGCAGUGCCCUCGGCACCACCCUCCUACGAGGAGGCCACCUCUGGAGAGGGGCUGAAGGCAGGGGCCUUCCCCCAGGGUCCCACAGCUGUACCACUCCAUCCAAGCUGGGCCUAUGUGGACCCCAGCAGCAGCUCUGGCUAUGAAGGUGGUUUCCCUGCAGGACACCAUGAGCUUUUCAGCACCUUCAGCUGGGACGACCAGAAAGUUCGUCAGCUUUUCAUCAGAAAGGUCUAUACCAUCCUGUUGGUCCAGCUGCUGGUGACCUUGGCUGUGGUGGCUCUCUUUACCUUCUGUGACGUCGUUAAGGACUAUGUCCAGGCCAACCCAGGCUGGUACUGGGCAUCCUAUGCCGUGUUCUUUGCAACAUACCUGACUCUGGCUUGCUGUUCUGGGCCCAGGAGACACUUCCCUUGGAACCUGAUUCUGCUGACCAUCUUUACCCUGUCCAUGGCCUACCUCACUGGGAUGUUGUCCAGUUACUACAACACCACGUCUGUCCUGCUGUGCCUGGGCAUCACAGCUCUUGUCUGCCUCUCAGUCACCAUCUUCAGUUUCCAGACCAAGUUUGACUUCACCUCCUGUCACGGUGUGCUGUUUGUACUGCUCAUGACUCUCUUCUUCAGUGGACUCCUCCUCGCCAUCCUCCUGCCCUUCCAAUAUGUCCCCUGGCUCCACGCCGUCUAUGCUGUGCUAGGAGCGGGUGUGUUCACGUUGUUCCUGGCAUUUGAUACCCAGCUGCUGAUGGGUAACCGUCGACACUCGCUGAGUCCUGAGGAGUAUAUUUUUGGAGCCCUCAACAUCUACCUAGACAUUAUCUAUAUCUUCACCUUCUUCCUGCAGCUUUUUGGCACCAACCGGGAAUGAGGAGCCCUCCCCCCACCCCUGCCCUCCUUCAGAGAAUGCCCCUCCCCUGUCCUGUGACCCUCUCAGAGCUCCUGCAAGACCAGACAUAAACUUGCUGCAGCCAGCUUGUGUGCAGCCGCUCCCUCCUGCAGCCAGCCCUUACCUCGAGCCCUCUGCAGCUUGUACAUAUGCCAUCCUUGGAGCCCCGCAGAUCUGAGGCCACAGCAUCCCCCCGUGGUGCCCCCGGCACCCGAUUGCAUCUUCCAAGUGGCACAGUCAUGGCUGAGGGCAUCUCUGGGUUUGCAGAGACCCCAGAAAUGAGUGGGAGGAGCCCAGAGGUGGGAAGGAGCCCCCAGGAAGCCUGGCUGAGACUGUGACCCCCCCACCAAGUCUUGUAGGGCUCCAUUUUCUCUUUCAGUUCAAGGAACCAAGCUUUGUAAGAAAAAAAAAAGGCUGAGGGGACAUGGCGGCUGGAACUUGAGAAUGGGCUCUGUGGUACAGGGCGAAGCUUUUCCCACCGCUGUCACUCUCUCAGCUGUAGGCUAUUUGCUCAUUCUAGGGACCUGAACAAUAUAAAAGGAAGCUGCUGCUUUCAUUACUUGCCUCAGUUUGCCCUUCUGGGUCAUCCGGGUCAUAGAACAGGGGGAUAUGCUAAGUCUGUCCUGAGCUCCCAGGCAGGGGAAGGCAAGGAGAAGCUGGGAGGGUGAACUGGGGCUGUCAAUCAAAUCCCAUCCAUUGGAAAGGCUCGUAUGACUGCAGGACUAAAGCCCAUCUCUGUUUCCCCACUCUGCUGUUACCACAGGCCUGAGGGGAAAGUGGGGUAGGAGAUCUGGUGGAAGCAGUUCUGUCGUCUGGACUAGCCCUUACCCGGGGCUGCCGUUCAGUCUCCUCCACACCGAUUUCCUAGGUCUUCCCCUAUCUUCUGCAGCAUUCUGUCUUAUCUCCCGCAGGCCUCCUGCGGCCCUAAGAGCAGAGGUAUCCAUCUUUAUCCCUCCCCCAGCUUCCCUGGCCACUCAGCCCAGAGUCCCUGGGCCCUUGCCCCCUUAUCUCCACAUCUCUGUAAUUUGGAAGCUGUCCAGCUAAUGGUCACAGCAAGAGCCAGUCCCCUGAGCCUGUCCCGGGUGAUGAGGCCAGAGCUCCCUCCUUAUCAACUUCCAGGCUGCUGGGAUCUUAGGCAGAAUCGUGCGUCAACCAUCCUGCCCUGGCUGAGUGCCUGCUGCAGUGGGGACCAGGGACCCACACCUGGGGCAGCAUGCAGGCUGCACAUGCACACGGCCAGCUCUAGGCCAGUGGAAAGUUACUGGGUGAAGGCGAGAAGGUUCUGGGUGGAUGUAGAGGACCCUGUUUGCCCCAGGAAAGGGGACUAGGUAGCCUAUCCAUUCCCGCCCCAGCCCCCGCCUCUCCCCACCCUGCCUACUCUCUAGCCUUCAAGAAAUAUUACAGAAGCAUUUGAAGUUUU